UGGGCUGCCAGAAUGACACCUGCCUUGCUUUGUAACAUGGUAUUUCUGCUGGCAUUUGGAUUGGCUUCAGCUUUUAGCACAGCCCUGGCUCCUGACAGGGUUUCUGAAGCAGAUAUCCAGAGGCUCCUCCAUGGUGUUAUGGAGCAAUUGGGCAUUGCCAGACCCCGGGUAGAAUAUCCAGCACACCAGGCUAUGAAUCUGGUUGGUCCGCAGAGCAUUGAAGGUGGUGCACAUGAGGGUCUCCAGCACUUGGGUCCUUAUGGCAAUAUCCCAAACAUUGUAGCUGAGCUGACAGGAGAUAAUGUACCGAAGGAUUUCAGUGAAGACCAAGGAUAUCCUGACCCUCCAAAUCCCUGCCCUACUGGAAAAACAGUUGAUGAUGGAUGUCUAGAAAACACCCCAGACACAGCAGAGUUCAGUAGAGAAUACCAAUUACACCAACACCUUUUUGAUCCAGAGCAUGACUAUCCCAACAUGGGCAAGUGGAGCAAGAACUUACUCUUUGAGAAGAUUAAUGGUGGUCCAAAAAGAAGAAAGAGGAGUGUGAACCCAUAUCUGCAAGGACAGCGACUGGAUAAUGUUGUAGCAAAGAAGUCUGUUCCACAGUUUUCAGAUGAAGACAAGGGUCCUGAAUAAGUACAAUAAAAAUGAAUGAUGAAAACUCAUGCCAUCCUCUGCUAGAACAUAAUAUUGCUUAUAUAUAAUCAUCUAUUAAAAUCCUUGUGAAUGGCAGCGUGUUUAUUAUUUAUGUAAUUGUAGAUGAAAAACAGCUGUAUUUAUAACAGUAUGUUCUCCUAGAUAACAAAAAUAUGGUUCUGCUUUUUGUUAAUUUAUGGUAAAAGGACAUUUCUGUUGUUUUUAUUUUAGUCAUGGAGCAAACUUUAAAAAUGUUAGUCAUUUUAAUAGCUAACGUGAGGUAAAUGGUCUUAAUGAGCAGCUUGUAAAUAGGAAGAUGUAAAAAAAUGCCCAGUCUGACUCCAACAUUUAAUCUUAAAUGCUACGAUGUUUGACACAUGAAAAUUAUAGUUUUAUGUUUUGUUCACAAAUAUUGUUACUUAGCAAAGACAAAGUAUUUAUUUUACCCAGAGAAUUUUGGCUUUUGGUCCAUUUUAAUAAACAUUUAAGCAAUCUACAAGGUUUGCAAAGUGACAUUUUCCAAAAUAUUUCAGAGGCUCAUUUGUCUCUGUUAUUGCUGUGCAAAUUUAAAAAUUAAAGAACAGCUUUUUGACUCUA